CAGAAAGACAGGCAGGCUUUACAGGGUAUAGAACAUGGCAAUCACUAAACACAGCAAACACGCGGUUGGGAUAUUCUCAAGAGAUGGAGAUGUCAAUUAUGUCUGGCUGGUUAAAUUACUGCUGUCACAGUUUUUCAAUAGUGUUGUUGAUGAAGUUCGAUCAGUCUACAUAUCUAACAUUCGCAGCAAUUUUCUGUCUGAGUUACGCAACUUCUCCUUUGCCAUUCUGUAUCACACACAGAAGAGGGGCCGACUGAAUGUCACAAAUGUAACGGACUCUCUCUAUGACGAGGAGUUGGAAGACCUCCAUAACCAAUAUGGGAAGAAAAAUGUCAUCGUCCUAAUGGAUGAUUUAGAGGACAACAGCCAGAAUAAAAAAGAUAAAAUCUUACGUGAACAGUAUGAUAUUAAAGAUAAAGCGUGUGAGCUGUUUCUUAUCAGUGAAAUGGAGAAGGAGUCAUGUAACCUAAACAGUUCAAAUCAAGAAUGGAGUGAGGAUCCCAUAUCACCACGACUGCAAGAGGAGCACAGAUCAAUGUCAAAGAAGAGGGCUCAGAUUAAAGACAUCAUCGCAGAGGCCUCUCCUCAUACAGUCAAUGAUAAGGAUUCUUACAGCAGGUCAUCUUCCUACAGGAGUCCAGGAAGACGCUAUUCUGACACUGACUCCCAAUUCACUGAAUCGAUGUUUGACUCUCAAAGAGCCAAAGACUUUACCGAUAAUAAUUCCCAAAUCACAGCACCGUCUUCCAACUAUAAUUCAGGAAUUGGAGCCCAUCUUCUCCCGCCAUCAUCUGGUGCACAGGCUUAUGUUUCAGAUGACACGAAAGAACGCCAGAAUCUGAAGCGAAGUUCAGAUGAUGCUGAGAACCCAAAUCACACCCCUAGAAAACACAGGAGGCUUUCUAACAAGGCUGUCUUUAUUAUUAUUGGAGUAGUUGGACUAAUUUUGCUGAUCACGUUGAUUUCAAUUCUUGCUACACUGUGAAGGCGACGUGUGUGGAAGACCAGAUGCUGAUUCUAAAUCCACUGAUCAUCUGAAAGUUCUCUUGUCUUCAGGGACAAAGUACCCUCUGCAAAAUCCUAUAUCUUAUAUGAAUUCACAUUACGUGUCUCAUUCACACUUGAUUUACAUCUAAUUAUCAAAUUACAUCUAAAAGGGCGAUCAUGUUUUGUGCGAAACCCAAACAGAAAUCAGAUUUGAGAAACAUUUAUUGGAGUCGCUUGGUAUCUAGGAUUAUGGCCAACUCCAACAAAAUAUAUUUCCCUCAAUGAUUAAAUUAAUGAUUUGCAUUAUUCCCCGGUCAAAAUCCCCUUUGAAGAUGUGUAGAUCUAGAAUAUGACCAGGCGAAUAGGAAAUUUGCUGAGUGCUUUCACACAAUCUGGCGCUAAAGGUUAUUAGUUAAGAGUUGGUUUAUGCUCAAACUACCUUGAUUUUUAAAAUCUUGAUUUAGUGAUGAUAAAUGCAAAUUAUUAUAGAAAAACCCAUAAAAUAGAAAUAUAUUAAUUACACAAUUACUAAAGUGAGUUAAAUCAGAGUUUCUUAAAUUCUAACAUUUUCUGUCCUGCAAACCCAAACUGCAAUGUAUGUUGUGUCCCUGAAAUAUGAGUCUUAUGGAUAUAAUAGAUGUGCUCUGCACAAAAUAUUAAAUCAUUUCACUGUAGUAACGGCUAGGAGGGGAAUGCACAGCAGCCUCUUCUAUAAGGUCAUUUUCCACUGCAUGUAGUGGGGAGCAAUAUGGAAAGUG